AUGAUCGCAUCAGAGAAAAAAGGGUUUUAUUUUUUUCUAUUAUGUUAUGUAUCCAAACUAUCCAUAUAUUUAAAACUCACUAAAGAAAUAAUUACAAAUUGUUUUAUGAUUUUAAAAAAUAAUUUCAUUACAAUAAACAGAUUAAAAAGAUUAAGCUACAACUGUCUUAUCAAUGAAAUUAUUAUCGCUUAUGAUUUACAUGUAAUUUUAAUAUUUUUUUUUGGAGAAAGGCGUAGUAAUUGCGCUACCUAAUUAAUUAAACUAACAAGAGUUGAUAUGAAAUCUUUAGAAGUCUAGUAUUUUCAUUUAGAAAGCUCUAAAAAUCUAUUUAAUAAUAAAGAAAUAAGAAAACUCUAUGGAAUCGUUUUCAAUUUAAGUAUGACUAAGAGAUUUUACAAAAAAUACAGUAAUUAUCCUGCUGUUGGUGUUUAUGCUAAGAAUAUUGCUGAAAUACAGUUAAGAAAUCAAAGAUAUCUUGAAGUUAUAAACGAAUAAGAAGAAUUAGUUCUUUUAGCUAAUUAAGAUCUAUUAAGUCUGAAAGAAAUGGAAAAAAUAUGCAAAUCAGGUGCAUAACCUUAAGAUAAUUAAUAACUAUUUAAAUUAUAUCAUCAAUUAAAUAAUGAUUUAGAUUUCUCUUUGAGUUAAAAAGAACCUGUUUUCGAAUUUUAUAAUCUUCUAUCAUAAAAAGUUUAACCUGAACAUUUAUACCAUGUAUCCAUUAAAAUUUUCUAUUUACCAGUUAAAUUUUUGAAAUCUUUACCUUCAAUAUGGUAUUAUUAAAUAUUCUAAAAAAAUGUAAAUUUAAUGGAAGCAUUAUAAAAUUUAGAAUAAAUCAUUUCUAUACAUUAAAAUUUAUUCAAAAUUAAAGUAAACUUGAAAUAUCUUUAGUUUAAGAGUAUUCAUUUUGAAUUUUCCAUAUUUACCUGUAGAGGUUUUUUUUAUUUUAUUUUAUUUGUUUUUAUUUUUGUUCGAAUAUUAAAUUACAAUCAUUUAAGAUAUAUUUUGCAAUUCAUUUGA